UCAGCAGUUCGUAUGUGUAUUUUAAAUAUAUUGUUUAUAGUGCUCUUCAAUACAAUGUUUAAAGAUGUCAUAUCAAUCAGAUCCAUGCUUUGCAGGCGGGUUGAAGUAAAAAUCGCUUGCGUGGAGAAAAAUACUUGGGUAUUCGACAGAAAUUCUCAAACUUGUAUUUCUGUCAUUCCUGACCAGGAACCCUGCGGGCACUUUGUUAGCGAAAAGGCUUGCAAGGAUCUCUGCCUGAGAACAAAUCAAAAAUAUUUUUGGAUUAAUGAAAAAAGAAGAAUCUUCAAAUAAAAAGGGAUUUUAUGCUAACAAA